GGCAGGGCGUCGCGCAUGCGCGCAGCCCGGCGGUUAGGGGCGGGGGCUGCGAGCGGGUCUCGCUGCGGCUCCGGCGGCGGCGGGGAGCGGGGCCGGGCGCGGGUGUCCGCGGGGGGGAUGAUGCUGGCGGGGCCGCAGCUGGUGGCGGGGCCGGCGGCGGGCGGCGGCGAGCGGUCGCGGCUGCUGUCGCUGUACGUGCAGGAGUACCUGGAGUGCGUGGAGUCGCUGCCGCUCGACAUCCAGCGCAACGUGUCGCUGCUGCGCGAGGUGGACACCCGCUGCCAAGAAGCGCUAAAAGAAAUAGAUGAUGUCUAUGAAAAAUACAAGUCGGAAAAUGAUCCCGUUCAGAAGAAACGCUUGCAGCAGCAUCUUCAGCGUGCGUUAAUCAACAGCCAGGAACUUGGAGAUGAAAAAAUUCAAAUAGUUACUCAGAUGCUAGAACUGGUAGAGAAUAGAGCCCGGCAAAUGGAAACACACUCUCAGUGUUUUCAAGAUCUCUCUGAGAAUGAAAAGCCUCUGGAAAAGGCCAAGAUGGAGUCCUGCCAACCGGAGAGGUCUUCACGGAGACCUCGUCGCCAGCGAACCAGCGAAAGCCGUGACCUGUGCCAUAUAGCAAACGGGAUUGAUGACUGCGAUGAUCAGCCACCGAAAGAGAAGAGAUCUAAAUCUUCUAAGAAGAAAAAACGCUCCAAAGCCAAACAAGAGAGAGAAGUUUCACCUGUAGAAUUUGCAAUUGACCCCAAUGAACCCACGUACUGCUUAUGCAACCAAGUGUCUUACGGCGAAAUGAUAGGGUGUGAUAACGAACAGUGUCCUAUCGAGUGGUUCCACUUCUCAUGUGUUGGACUCACCUAUAAGCCAAAGGGGAAAUGGUACUGCCCCAAGUGCAGAGGAGAUAAUGAGAAAACUAUGGACAAAUGUACUGACAAAUCAAAAAAGGAUAGAAGAUCGAGGUAGUGAACGCAAUUCGUGUUUUAAAGAGUUGGUCCUUUUAUAUUAAAAUGUUUAAUUUCCAGAGAACGCUGUUUUAGGAAAUGCAUAAGACUAUGCAAUAAUUUUUAAUCUAUAAUAUUAAUGGAGUAUUAAAAGCUGUUAUACCUUCUGUGAAUCUUUAACUUUCUGCACUGAAUAACCAAAUAGUUGAAACAGGGUGGCUUCAGACCUUCACAGAAGACAUUACAAGCAUAUGGCACUUGAUUUCAAUUUAACCCCAUUAAUAUUU